UGCGUCCAUCCGUAUCUCCCAGAACAGUUAGGGAUAAAGCCUUUCUGCCUUUACACUCGGCACAGUUAAUCACGAAUAGAGAUUUGUCCCGAGUGUAGCUGUAUAGUUCGCUACCUCAGGCUUGAGAGUGAUCUGGAAGUUUAACGUUACCUUGAGGAGAUAGUAAUUUAUCUUGACCAGAAGAGGAACAGAACAUUUGAGAAAAGUUGACUACUAAACCGUGGCGCACAUGAAUUGAAAUUCCUAGGAUUACUACUGUGAAACUACUUUACCUUACGCAGAAUAAGAAGAUUUGGGGUGAAAAUAUGAUUCGAUAUUGCCAGCUGAUAUUGGCUGCUUUUAUCGGGUCUGCCGUGGGUCUUUUCAGCGGCGGUGGUCCAGCGGUAGAUCUUUGGUUAUCCGCUGAUGAAGUUUCUCGAAUUUUAGGGAGGCAUGCAUCUGGGCCUCUCUACAUUAUCCAAGAUGGGUUGCCGAACCCAUCUCUGUCUCCUUCGCUGUUGAGAAGCAAUGGUAACUCAUUUUAUGAUUCCACUGACAUCGAUCAAAGAACAAGGUUCAUUCUUCCUGCAAACGCGGACUCAUUGAAGAUCUCGUGGCGGGCCCCGAAACCGUUCCAUUAUACUUUCAUGGAGCUUCAAUCCAGCGACCCGUCAAUCAUGGGACCACCGUUACUCAGCAUCACUUUAGAAGACAGCAUGCCCAAUAAUGACACAGAAUUUCGCAUGGACUUCCCUUGCACCGGUGAGAGGACCGGCAUAGCAUCUGUAAACGUCAUUCUGCGAAUUCGACAUUUCAAGAGCGGUCUCGAUAUCCCUGCAUCUCCUAUACAUCUUAGCUUUGACAAACAGUGCGUAGAAGCUCCCACUUGUGAGCCUCGGUGUGCGAAUGGAGGGAUGUGUAAUCAGAUGGGUCGAUGUGACUGUGCAGAUGGAUUCUACGGUCAUUCCUGUCGAAUCAUAUUCUGCAUACCACACUGUUAUAACUCAGGAACCUGUGUGGCUCCAGGAGUAUGUGAGUGCCAGAAAGGCUUCAUUGGAGACCGAUGUCAAAAAGCCAUUUGCACAGACGACUGUACCGGUCAUGGAUACUGCUAUAAGCCUGGCUACUGCUUCUGCUAUCGAGGAUGGACGGGGCCAAAAUGUGACAAACGAAUUGACAAUUCUCCAAAAGCAUUAGAGGCGACCUCUUACCGAUCAAAGAACGUCAGACUUGUUAAGAACAGACGAUUCUGGAGCGAUACUACAUAAUCAAGGCUAC